AUGGACUCAAUCAAAGUGCUAGUGGUAGGCUGUGGAGGAUUGGGAAAUGAAGUCGUAAAAAAUCUGAUAUACCAAAAUGUAAAAAACAUAACCAUCGUGGAUCAUGACACAGUGGAAGUGAGCAAUUUAAGUAGACAAUUUUUUUUCACACAUGAUGACAUUGGAAAAAGCAAAGCAGUCGUGAUUGAGGAAAAGGUAAAGGAAAGGUACCCCUACAUCCAUAUCACAUCGUUUGUGAAAAAUGUUGAAUCUUUCGACACAGAUUUCUUUGAGCAUUUUGAUUUCCUAAUGGGUUGCCUGGACAACAUAAGCAGUAGGAUGUACCUGAAUAAUUUAAUUUUUACUUUAAGGAAAAAUGUUAUUUACAUUGAUGGGGGGGUGGAGGGUCUCCGGGGAAGUGUUAAGAUUGUAGACCGGGUCAGCCACUUUGCCUGCGUGCAGUGCACUGUGGCGAAUUACGCCACGGGGGGAGAAGACCAGCUGGGGGGGAGAGGCGAUGGUGGAGAUGGAGGGGAAGCCGUUCCCGUGUGCUCCAUCGCGGGAAGACCAACAAACUUCACCCACUGCAUCCUAUACGCCAUGCAUGUAGCAUUUGAGCAAAUCAGGAGAGAAAAGCUCAACGUAAACGAUAAAAACCACCUCGUGUGGAUUCACGAAGAAGCGAAAAAGAGAGCUACACAAUUUCAAAUCGACUACGAGGACUAUCAUGUAACGAGACAGGUCGUUCAAAACACACUCCCAACCACCAUCAGUACCCUAAUGGUGAUCUCUUCCCUAAUGAUAUAUGUAAUGCACACCGUUGCUUCGCACAUGUAUAGAAAACAUAUACACGAGGUGUCGAGUCGUACACACGAUUUCAGCGACAUACUCUAUGUUGGGGAUAACGGGUUCUACCUCCUCCAUUACAAAAUAUAUAAAAACCAACAGUGCGUCAUAUGCAGAAGAAAACGGAUUCAUGUUGUUUUUAAGCGAAGCGAUACAUUAAGUAAGUUUGUUGAAUACAUUAGGAAGGAGUACGGGUUCGAACGAAUCAGCAUUUCCACCGAGUCCACCAUUUUGUUCAUUGCGUCCAGGUGGUUUGUGGGGAGGGACUAUGAACAGAGACUCGGCGCCACCUUCGCGCAGCUCGUGGACAGGGGCGAGGUGAAGGAGCGCGACUACCUGAAUGUGCAAACUGAGGGGGAGACCAGCUUCGUUUUCCUCCUCGACUUGGAGUGA